GAAAAAUACAAUACUAUUUUGUUAAUUUUUUAUGUAACUUUUUGCAAAAGUUCUUCGCAAAAAGAAGAAUAUCCUAAAAUUUACAGAUCAUUAUACCUUAAAUGUAAUUUUUAAUCUAUGCUCCUCAAAUCUCAAUUCCUCCCUUGAAUUGAAUUGGAACAAGUGAACCCGCAAAUCUCGAAUUCUCACAAUUGUGCAAUUCGUUCAACUAAUUUCUGCAUUUUGGCAUCUCCAAGAUUUAAGAGAUCAGAGUAAGAUCAUAAAAAAUGGAGCCAGAUUCUGUAAAAUCAACUCUCUCCAAUUUAGCUAUGGGUAAUGUCAUGGCUGCCGCUGCUCGCAAUCUUCAGAAGGAAAUGUUGGCUCAAGAGAAGACACAGGCAUCAAGUUCUGCUAAUGAUGAGAUUGAUCUUGAUGAGUUAAUGGACGAUCCAGAACUAGAGAAACUACAUGCCGAGAGAAUCGCAUCCUUGAAGAAAGAAGCCGAAAAGCGACAAAAACUGAAGACUCAGGGCCAUGGAGAAUAUAGAGAGAUAACUGAAGGUGAUUUCUUGGGUGAAGUAACUGGCAGCGAACUAGUUAUCUGCCAUUUCUACCAUCGAGAGUUCUAUCGAUGCAAGAUAAUGGAUAAGCAUCUUAAGGCGCUUGCACCAAAGUACCUUGAUACAAAAUUUAUCAAACUGGAUGCAGAGAAUGCCCCCUUCUUCGUAUCCAAGCUCGGAAUCAAAACUUUGCCGUGUGUAAUAUUGUUCAGGAAAGGAAUUGCAUUUGACAGAUUAGUAGGGUUUGAAGAUCUUGGCGGAAAAGAUGAUUUUCCUACCCGGAAACUGGAAAAUCUGCUGAACAAGAAAGGUAUCAUCAACGAGAAGAAAAAAGAUGACGACGAGGAGGAUGAUUAUUCUGAAAGUAAACGAACGUCAGUCAGAUCAUCAUUUAAUCCCGAUUCUGAUUCCGAUUAGUGAGUGAAGAAAAAAGACGGCACAAUACUCGGGUCUUGUACUAUUCCUUUGUUGAAAUUGAUACGAUUGUAUCUUUUAUAUGUUUUCGAUUGAGGACUGCGAUUUUAGCUAGUUACUCAUCGACAAAGAACUCUCCCUUUUGGUUCUACAUUCCAUACUUAUAUUUAUAGUUUAUGAUGUUUGUGUUAGCCUAA